UGAUUACCAAACACAUGAGCGCGUGACAGCUUUCUGUUUCUAAAGAGGAAGAACAGAUCAUGUGACAUGUUCUUCAUAACUAUCAACCAGGAACAACCUGUCACUUCAACUCAGAAGCAGCGAUGAAUCCGACUCGAGACCUGAUGCUGGGGAGCCUGCUGCUCGUCUCCCUCUGUGUUGGAGCGGCGGCCAUGUUUGAAAGCAGGCUGGACGUCCACUGGGAGCUGUGGAAGAAGACGUACGAGAGGAAGUACCAAAACGAGGUGGAGGACGUGCACCGCAGGGAAUUGUGGGAGAAGAACCUGAUGCUCAUUACGAUGCACAACCUGGAGGCCUCCAUGGGGCUGCACACCUACGAGCUGAGCAUGAACCACAUGGGAGACAUGACACAAGAGGAGAUCCUGCAGUCUUACGCCACGCUCAGUCCUCCCACUGACAUCCAGAGGGCACCAUCUGCCUUCGUGGGGACGUCCGGCGCUGACGUACCCGACACCGUGGACUGGAGAGAGAAGGGCUGUGUCACCAGCGUCAAGAUGCAGGGUUCUUGUGGCUCCUGCUGGGCCUUCAGUGCUGUAGGGGCCUUGGAGGGCCAGUUAGCAAAGACAACGGGGAAGCUGGUGGACCUCAGCCCCCAGAACCUGGUGGACUGUUCAACCAAAUAUGGCAACCACGGCUGCAAGGGGGGCUUCAUGCACAAAGCCUUCCAGUACGUCAUCGACAACCAGGGCAUCGACUCGGAUGCUUCCUACCCCUACAAAGGACAGUCCCAACAGUGCCGAUACAACCCUGCGUACCGCGCUGCUAACUGCUCCAAGUACAGCUUCCUGCCUCAGGGGGACGAGGGGACCAUGAAGGAGGCGCUCGCCACCAUUGGACCCAUUUCAGUGGCGAUUGACGCCACACGGCCAAGAUUCGCCUUCUACAGGAGCGGAGUGUACGAUGACAAGAGCUGCACCCAGAAGGUGAACCAUGGAGUGUUAGCUGUGGGCUACGGCUCUCUGAACGGAGAAGACUACUGGCUGGUGAAGAACAGCUGGGGAAGUACAUUUGGAGACCACGGCUACAUCCGGAUGGCACGCAACAAGAAGAACCAGUGUGGCAUCGCCCUGUACGGCUGCUACCCCAUCAUGUAGCUGCAGAGGGAACUGAGCUGAACCUGUUCCCUUCUUUGUUCCACUGUUAUCACAGUUCACUUGAUCAGAACAUCACAACCUUUAAUGCACUUUUUACUACAAAAGCCAACUUUACAAGUCUUUAAAUACUACAGUUUAACUUGUCUUUGCUGUGUGUGUUUGCGUCUGUUUGAAUCUGUAAUAAAGAGACCGAUGCGCUCCGUAUCA